AUGUCCUUUUUGGUUCGCAACCUAGCACAAGCGUGCUCCCGACUGUCGACCGGAGUUGGAUUCCAACGAAGCUACCUCCAUACCGGACGAAUGCUCUCUAUCGCACAGGUUCAACAUCCGGCUCCAUCCUUUAAGGGAACUGCCGUCGUCAACAAUGACUUCAAAGAUAUUAAGCUAGAAGAUUAUAAGGGCAAAUAUUUGGUGCUGUUUUUCUAUCCGCUCGAUUUCACAUUUGUCUGCCCAACUGAGAUCAUCGCGUUUAGCGAUCGUAUCAAGGAGUUUAAGGAACUUAACACGGAAGUGGUUGGUGUUUCCGUUGAUUCACAUUUCUCACACCUGGCUUGGAUCAACACACCACGCAAAGCGGGCGGACUGGGCAAGCUGGAGUAUCCACUGUUGGCUGACCUUACCAAGCAAAUCUCUGCCGACUAUGGCGUGCUGCUGAAGGAUGGCAUCUCGCUGCGCGGCUUGUUUAUCAUCGAUCCGAGCGGUGUGGUGCGCCAGAUUACUAUCAACGAUCUGCCCGUCGGUCGGUCGGUUGAUGAGACGCUCCGGCUGAUUAAAGCGUUCCAGUUCGUGGAAAAGCACGGCGAAGUAUGCCCUGCUAACUGGGAACCAAAGUCGAACGCGGCCACCAUCAAGCCGAACCCGAAGGAUUCGCGUGAAUAUUUCGAAAAGCAUGGCAAGUAG